AUGGUUGAAAAGACAGCGCCUCCAAGGCUAACAAGAGAGGAAAAAGGCAAGACGGUAGAGGAAGAUACUCCUAAAGUGCAAGAACCGGAGAAAGAACCGGUCUACAUUCCGUCUCCGCCCAAGGUACCCCCAAUACCCUUUCCUUCUCGUUUAAAGACAUUUAAUGAGGACAGCCAAUUUGGAAAGUUUGCGGAAAUCCUGAAGAGGAUGGAGAUUACAAUGCCUUUCCAUAAGGCAAUUCUCCAAAUGUCAUCAUAUGCGAAAUUCCUCAAGGAUAUUUUGACGAAGAAGCGGGUAGUGGAAAAAGAGACUGUAACAUUGAGCACUGAAAUUAGCGCAGCCAUUACAAAGCAUGAACUUCCUCCGAAGAUAUCUGAUCUGGGAAGUUUCUCUAUUCCAUGCAAGUUGGGGAAUAUUGAGAUUGAUAGAGCAUUAUGCGACCUUGGAGCUAGCGUGAGUUUGAUGCCACUAUCCAUUUACAAGAAGUUGAAUAUAGGCGACUUGAAACCCACGAGGAUGGCUUACAACUAG